ACAUACUGACAGACUGACAGACUGACAGACAGACAGACAGACAGACAGACAGACAGACAGACUGACAGACCCAUCCACCCACGUCAUCUGUGUCUUCCCCCCACUUGGUUUAGUGCCUGCCUAGUUAGGUGUCCACUAUCUAGUUAGGUGUCCACUAUCUAGUUAGGUGUCCAGUAUCUAGUUAGGUGUCCAGUAUCUAGUUAGGUGUCCACUAUCUAGUUAGGUGUCCAGUAUCUAGUUAGGUGUCCAGUAUCUAGUUAGGUGUCCACUAUCUAGUUAGGUGUCCAGUAUCUAGUUAGGUGUCCAGUAUCUAGUUAGGUGUCCAGUAUCUAGUUAGGUGUCCAGUAUCUAGUUAGGUGUCCACUAUCUAGUUAGGUGUCCAGUAUCUAGUUAGGUGUCCAGUAUCUAGUUAGGUGUCCAGUAUCUAGUUAGGUGUCCAGUCUCUGCUGCUCCAGUCUCUGCAGCCCACCCAGGCCCCUCCAGACCAGGCUUCCUCAGGUCCAGGUAUCCCUGCCAGGCCUACUGCCCAGAACCUGCUGAUUCAGCCAUACUAACCCAGUCACCUCCAGCCUUCGCGGCCUCCACUCCUCCAGCCAGGUAGGUCUGCCAGCCCAGUGCUCUAGACUUGCUGCUCCUCCCAGGCUCUUCCAGUCCAGGUCCAGCUAUCACUGCCCGGCCCGGCCCGGCCAUGGUUCUGUGUGAGGACAGGGAGUGUGGGGUGUGUUAUCAGCCCUACUCCCGUCAGGAGCGGAUCCCCCGGGUGCUCCACUGCAGACACACCUUCUGUGCCACCUGCUUAGAGACCAUGUCGCAGCCCAAGAGUGGCAUGCUCACCGUGUGCUGCCCGCUGUGCCGCCAGACCACCUGUGUAGGGCGCGGCCUUAGCCUUCAGGAGGCGCUGUGGGUCAACUCACGCCUCUGGGACUACAUACCUGAGAGCAAAGAAGAGGAGGAGGAGGAGGUGAAGGAAGAAGAGGAGGAGGAGGAGGUGAAGGAAGAAGAGGAGGAGGAGGAGAGGGUGGAGGCUAACAGACAGACACAGGCCUCCUCACAGGCAGAAUGGCCUACGUCGAAGCUCUCUAGAAAAAAGCUGAAAUUGCCGGCCUUCCUCAGGAAAUUCAGUCUGACAAAACCACAGCAUCAAGAGAGGAUUGUGCCUGGUUGUGCCAAUGUGAAGAUUACAUCCUGGCGCAGGCUUCCAACUGCCGAGACUUUUUAGGUCUCUCAUGCACUAGACACAGGGGUGUACUGUAUCAACAGAGGAGGGUCUACAGUUCCUCUCAGAUGUAAUAAUAUGCAUUUUAUUUUUUAUUUUUUUAAACAAUGAGGCGUAGAUUACCAGUUGACCCCCCCCGACAGUCAACCCCGUUAGAACAGCUCAGAGACAGUUAGGCCUGCGUCCCAAACCCCACCCUAUCCCCUAUG